CUUCCCUUCAACAUUUACAGAAUCCACAUUCAAAAAUGGGUACCGCUUCUAAAGUCGUAUCAGUCGUCUUCCGCAUCGGAGAGUUGACCUGCGCUUGUAUUGUGCUUGGUAUCCUCGGCAGAUUUUUAUAUCUUUUGGAUUUGGGCAAUGGACAUGCCGACUCAAAAAUUAUUUACGCUGAAGUAAUAGCCGGCAUAAGUGUAGCUGCUUCCAUCAUCCUUCUGCCGCCCUUUUUGUAUUCAUUCUGGGCAUUUCCUCUCGAUUGCGCCCUCUUUAUCUGCUGGAUGGUUGCGUUUGGUCUGCUCGACAACCUAAGUGGGGCUCACACUUGUUCGUCCUAUUGGUAUACGAACUAUUGGGGUUACUACUGGGGACGACUUUGGUACCACCCCUAUCCUAUAUACACUCCGGUCGGGAACGUUGGGUGUGGACCAUGGAGAACUGUUCUUGCUUUUAGUUUUAUUGGGGGGCUCUGUUGGCUCGUCAAUUCUUUUAUUGGGCUUUAUGUUGUUUUUACGAAGCGGGAUGAUAGGAAACACUUGAAUGAGAAGAGUGGAACAAGAAUGGAUGAUAUCCAUAGAGAAACCGGCCAGACUCAGGCUCAGACUCCUGCUGAUACUGGAGCUGUAGCGUAAAGCCACUACGGUUCGUUGUGGUACCUUGGAAUACAAAUGCUCGGAAAUUGGAAAUUUGGAUGGUUCAGAAAUUGGGAGAUGUUGCGUAUGGAGCUUUCUUAGUGUUGUCAACAGGCAGGCCGUUCUUGUUGCGAUAGUUAGUCUAGUCCAGUUCCCUUAAUACGAAUAGUAUCAGUCAAACAAGGAAUAUUCGAUGGAAGGUCUCAUUUUGUGCUUCGCUUUUAAAGUAUUGGC